CUAGAAAUAACCAGGUACAUUUCUUGUAUUUGUACAUUCAGCAUUCUGCGUCAAGAUUAUCUACAUUAAUUGCACUUUUACAGUCGGAUUUCUUCUGCGACAUAGGGACUGUUACUAAUUUUCGAAUUCAUUCACCACCUGAAAGCAAAGUCGACUCCCAUGCUCUUUGCCGAAGCACCAGGUACAACAUGAGCAAUGGCGCCCCAGCAGAUCUCAUAAGCUUAGAAACGACAAUCGAUUCUUCGACCACUUCAAUGCGCGAACCCGAACCCCCGAUAACCGAUAUUCCCCAUCGAUUCGGCCCAGGAAAUAACCAAAUGAACGGCGCUGGUAUGGAUUAUUCAAGGAGGGGCCGAGUCUCAGUGGCAGUAGACCCCGUAGCCUUGAUCACUACAGAAUGUAUUACCGUCACAUCUGCCAUGCGAAAGCAUGCGAAGUGGGCGCAUUCUUCGGUCUCUGCAAUUCUAGGUGGAAGCUCGAGUUCAAUGAAUCCAAGCUUGCAGAGUUCACGACCCUCAACCCCCGGAGACGACCUGGGAAGUAGGAAAGGAAUGAAGAGCAGAAGUUCUACUGGUUUUACCGACCCGGGGGAUGAUGCGGGACUUGCGAAUAGAUGGGGUCUGAGGGGAAAGAAAGGAAAGAGCAUGCAGGACAAUCCCCUGAUGGCGGGCUUUGGAAGACUUAGACGGGAAUUGACUGGAUGCAAAGGUACGAAACCAACCCAGGUUCUGAUUGUAAGGUAUGUGUUGACCAGGAAUAGAUAUACACCAAUUUGAUACACCUUCGCUGUUGCAUCCGUUUCUCCAAGUUAUCCAAGCUUCUGCGACUUCUGCCCCGAUAACGUCGCUCGCGCUCGUCGCGAUAACGAAAUUCUUCUCUUAUAACCUCAUAAGUCCAGACUCACCACGACUGUCCCUUGCAAUGCAAUCUUUAUCUGCGGCCAUUACGCAUUGCCGAUUUGAAGCCAGCGACUCUGCUGCGGACGAGAUUGUGCUUCUACGAAUAUUGAAGCUUAUGGAGGGCAUGUUAUCGGGACCGGGAGGGGAUCUACUCAGCGACGAAAGCGUAUGUGAAAUGAUGGAGACCGGACUCAGCAUGUGCUGUCAAUCAAGGCUUUCGGAACUUCUUAGACGUUCGGCAGAGAUUUCUAUGGUUAAGAUGUGUCAAAUCAUUUUUGAGCGAUUGAAGCAUUUAGAAAUUGAGGCCGGAGAAGAUUCAGAGGCUUUGGAUGAGAAAACGAAGGAAGACAUGGAUACAGUGAAAAUGGCCCCCUCCGCGAAUGCCAAUGAUGCCGUGAAAUCGUCUUUGGCAGCACCACCGCCCGAGUCCAGACCAUCCACGAGCUUUGACAAGUCAAGAACGUCCCUCACUUCACCAAUGGCUGACAACAAUUCGGACAUCGGAGUUGGACCGGCAUCUGAAACAUCAGAUGAUGUUCCAAUCAAGCCCUAUUCCUUACCCUCUAUACGGGAACUUUUCAGAGUCCUCGUAGAUCUUCUGGACCCUCAUGAUCGUCAACAUGCCGAUGCUAUGAGAGUCAUGGCUUUGCGCAUUAUUGAUGUUGCAUUAGAGGUUGCCGGACCUUCCAUAGCCAAACAUCCAAGUUUGGCUAACUUGGCAGAAGACCGUUUAUGCAAGUAUUUAUUUCAGUUAGUUCGGUCAGAUAAUAUGGCAAUCUUACAUGAAUCACUCAUUGUGGCGGGAACCCUACUAGCUACCUGUCGUGGGGUAUUGAAACUUCAGCAAGAGUUGUUUCUCGCCUAUUUGGUUGCAUGUUUACAUCCUCGAGUAGAGAUCCCAAGGGAACCUGGAAUCGAUCCCGCUUUAUAUGCUGGAGUGCCACAAGCUCCAAAAUUGGUAAAGCCACCACCUCAAUCCCAGCCAGGUAGCGGACGAGCAACGCCUGUAGCGGUGAAGGAUCGCCAAAAACUCGGUAUGGAAGGAGGAUCGCGGAAACCCGAUGCCCGGGAAGCAAUGGUUGAGAGCGUAGGCGCUCUUGCUAGAAUACCAAGCUUUAUGGUGGAGUUGUAUGUGAACUACGAUUGUGCCGUUGAUAGAAGCGAUUUAUGUGAAGACAUGGUUGGACUUCUCUCUAGAAAUUCUAUUCCAGACUCAGCGACUUGGAGUACAACUAGUGUACCGCCUUUGUGUUUGGAUGCGCUUCUUGGUUAUGUUCAAUUCAUAGCUGAAAGGUUGGAUGAUGAGCCCCAGCAUGAUGGCUAUCCAGGUGUCAUACAGUUGCGGGAGCAGAGACGGAGGAAGAAAAUUAUCAUCCAAGGGGCUGCCAAAUUCAACGACAACCCAAAGGCAGGACUUGCAUUUUUGGCUGCUCAUGGCAUCAUUACUGAUCCAAAAGAUCCCAAAUCUGUUGCGACCUUCUUGAGGGGCACCUUCAGAAUUUCUAAAAAGCAGCUCGGGGAGUAUGUCUCAAAAAAGGGGAAUGAACCCAUGCUCGACGCUUUCAUGGAUGCUUUUCGGUUUGAGGGGAAGCGAGUUGAUGAAGCGCUUCGGGAGCUUCUGGAGUCGUUCCGUUUGCCUGGAGAGUCAGCUCUUAUUGAAAGAAUUGUCACGGUUUUUGCACAGCGUUAUUACGAUGAAGCUAAGCCUGAGGGGGUAGCCGACCAGGAUGCAAUCUAUGUUCUGACAUACGCCAUCAUCAUGUUGAAUACUGAUCAGCACAACCCAAAUACGGUGAAGAAUCGUAUGAAAUUCGAAAACUUUGCAAGAAACUUGACAACUGUCAAUGGUGGCAAAAACUUUGAUGACAAGUUCCUCCAAGAUAUCUUUGAUUCCAUUCAAUCGAAUGAGAUCAUUCUGCCUGAUGAGCAUGAAAAUAAACAUGCUUUUGAUUAUGCUUGGAGGGAGCUUCUAUUAAAGACAGGAUCCGCCGGAGAUCUUGUUCUAUGUGACACGAACAUAUACGACGCAGAUAUGUUUGCAGCCACCUGGAAACCAGUCGUUGCUACAUUAUCCUAUGUCUUCAUGUCUGCCACUGAUGACGCUGUUUUCUCCAGAGUUGUCAAUGGAUUUGAUCAAUGUGCUCGAAUUGCAGUGAAAUACGGUCUCACAGAAGCUGUUGAUCGCAUUGUUUAUUGCCUGAGCUACAUUACCACAUUGGCCAACGGCACUCCAUCAAAUACCACCCUUAACACCGAGGUUCAGGUUGGCGAGAACAGUGUCAUGGUGAGCCAACUUGCCGUUCAAUUUGGCAGAGAUUUCAAAGCACAGCUGGCUACGGUCGUCUUAUUUCGCGUGGUCCUUGCGAGUGAGGCUAUUAUGAGUAACAGUUGGAAACAUGUGAGUUGCUGUUCGAGAGCCAAGGAUAAAUAUAUAUUGACCUCCAUUUAGAUUGUGCAAAUAUGGCUGAAUCUUUUCGUAAAUUCCUUGAUACCCCCUUUCUUUGCACCAAAUCGUAUGGAAAUCACACCCAUGCCACUUCAGAACCCGACAUUAGUCGUAGACCGGGGCCAAAAGCAGAAUGAGGCAGGCCUGUUCUCAGCCUUCACCUCUUAUAUCUCUAGUUAUGCCGCGGAUGAUCCUCCGGAGCCUUCUGAUGAAGAGUUAGAGAGCACGCUCUGUACAGUAGACUGCAUCAAUGCAUGCUACAUGGGAGACGUCUUCGCUGCUGCUGCGUAAGUUUUGGAUCAACAUCGUUUGGUGAAGUACUAACCCCUGACAGUGAAAUGCCUGUUGGUUCACUAAAACCCUUGGUCAAGGCACUCCUUGAGCAACUCCCAGAUGAUCCAUCAGCCAUUGUCAUCAGCGUAAAAUCAGAGGCUGAACACCAACCCCUAUUGUCACCUGAUCCACGAAAAGGAACCCCUACGGGCCCUGGCUAUGACCCAUCGCAUGUUUAUCUGUUGGAGUUUUGCACCGUCCUUGCAAUCAGAGACAGUGAGACUAUAAUGGAACUUGGUGCUGAUGUUGCGGAAGCACUGAUGAACGUAAUGCGAAACGCACCUAGCUUCCACAACAUCAUGAUCUCAAGAACCACUUUCUAUAUCUUCCAUCUUCUGCACGCCAGCUACGUAAGUCAUACUAUGCCAAUUAGGUUUCUUCUUACUAAUUGUGACAGGAACACUCUUACCUACGUGUACCAAUCGUCUUACACUCAAUAUCGAGUUUCAAAAAAGACUUGCUGGAUAAGGCUGCACCACUCGUGCUUCAAGGGUUAACGCAAUGCAUCAAGGAACCGGGGUCGCUUAGAAAUGAGAUUAUGACAUCUCCCGAUUUCUGGGUAAUUCUCCGCAACUUGGCCGGCAAUGCGCAAUCAGCUCCAACUGUUUUCGAAAUCCUAGAAGGCGUCGCAAUUGGAUCACCGCCUACUGUGAUGGCGGAUAACUAUGAAUCCGCGGUAAAAUUGCUCAAUGAUUUUGCGACUGCCGGAAGUGUGGGAUCAACUAUAGAGCAGAAGAAAGACAAGAGACCAAGACGAGGGCAGCCCUUGCAAUCUCCUGCAAAGCCACCUGGGUAAGUGCUCGCACUAUUCUGCAAGAUGAAAUCUAACAAUUUAUAGGGUUGAUGCUGCAGUUACCCGAGGUGUGAAGGCAAUCUCAAUGAUUUACUCGCUCACAACACGAAUACCUGUUUUGAUGCAGCAAUCCCAUCUCGAGAGCAAAGAGGCAUGGGCAGCUUAUUGGUCGACCAUCUUCCGGGCUUUAACGACUCAAUGCACGAAUCCUUGCCGGGAAAUUCGGCACCAAGCUUUCUCUUCUCUUCAACGUACACUUCUCUCGCCCGAGUUGACAUCAGGGGAGCACGAUGAGUGGACGGCAAUCUUUAGCGAAGUCCUUUUCCCACUAAUCGUGCGCCUUCUGAAGCCAGAAGUAUAUUCCUCAGAUCCAGUCGGAAUGAGUGAAACGAGAGUGCAGGCUGCCACGCUGCUAUGUAGGAUUUUCUUACAUUACUUGGUUCUUCUCUCAAAAUGGGAUGGGAUGUUAGAUCUCUGGCUCAAGAUCCUGGAUAUUAUGGAUAGGCUGAUGAAUAGUGGGCAAGGCGAUAGCUUGGUUCGUACCCUUAAUUCUCCCUCUCCUCUUCGACUCAUAUAAAACUAACUCUGAAUAGGAGGAGGCUGUACCUGAAAGUCUAAAGAAUAUUCUGCUCGUCAUGUCGAAUAGCGGAUAUCUCGUCCCUCCAUCCCAGGACCCAAUGCAGGAAAAAUUGUGGGUGGAAACUUGGAAGAGAAUCGAUCGGUUCUUACCGGAUCUGAAGAAGGAUCUUGAUCUUGAAAGCGUAAAAGAAGAGCGACCUCUCGUCGCUACUGGAGAGGAGAAGAAGGGGUAGGGGAAAACUGUUGAGGCUGCCUCCUAAUUGAACGUAAAUGAGGUUAGACUUGAAGAGAUGAGUUGACGUGUAUAUUAAGACGGACGAUGGUGGAUGGAUUGGAAGGCAUGGUAUGAUAUGAAUGGUGUGUGGUCUUAUUUUUCUUUUUCUUUUUCUUUUUCUUUUUCUAG